AUGGUCGCAAGAAUGGGCAACCUGUCCGCCCUCAAGGACUUCAUCUCCUUCUUGUCCACUGUACGAGGUGACAUCUCUCAUAUUACCGCCCCGCCAUUCAUCUUAGCACCCUCUUCUCUCAUCGAAUUUCCAUCUUAUCUAGCCGAGCGACCUGCUCUGUUUGUCGCCUCCGCUCAUGAAGAUACUCCUGAAAGACGUCUUUUGUGCGUCCUAAAGCAUUAUCUCUCUUGUUUGCAACGCCAGUAUUAUGUUGGACGAACCGUCAAAGAGGGCCUCAAGAAGCCAUUAAAUCCUUUCCUUGGAGAGCUCUUCUUCUGCGAAUAUACCCAACUCGACCUGGACGAUGAGAAGUCGUCUGCUGCCUCCGUUAGAGUCAUUUCUGAGCAGGUUUCACAUCACCCGCCAACUACGGCCUGUUAUCUCUCUUCAGACGAACACGGUGUUCAUGCCGAGGCAUAUUCCACUCAAGUCACAACCCUUUCUGGAACAUCGGUUCUGAUCCGGCAGUCUGGCCACGCCGUGGUCACCAUUGACAAGUUUAACGAGAGGUAUCUGAUUCCCUUACCGGAUGUCACUGCUCGUAGUGUCAUAACAGGCAUGCCAUGGCCAGAAUUGAACGACACAUACAAGGUCAUCGCCUCAAGUGGUUUCACUGCCCAAAUCCGGUUCAUUGGGAAAGGCUUUUGGGGAGGCGAGCGGAAUUGCUUCGAAGCCUCCAUCUACAAGACCAAUGACUCUUCUGCAACGCCCAUCUUCACCCUGCGUGGGAGCUGGAGUUCCCGAUUCCAAAUCUUUGACGCCGAGGGCAACGAGAUCGAUUCUUUUGACCUUGCUGAUCCUCAAAAUCAACCGGCACCCAUGAUUAUUCGACCUAUCCAAGACCAAGAUCCUUGGGAGUCACGAAAUGCAUGGGGUCCGACUUUUGACGCCAUCCGCAAGGUGAAUCAUUCUGCUGUCGUCGAGCAGAAGUCGAAACUUGAGACCGCUCAGAGGCAUAUGAGGAAAAAGGAGCAUACAGAGGGGAGGAAGUGGGAGUCGACAUUCUUCGAAAGGCGGAAUGACACUAAAUCCGAUAUGGUCGAGGAUUUACUUGAGCAGCUGAGUCCUAGUGAGGCCCACAGAAUGCGCGGCAAGAAUGGCUGCUGGAGAUUCAGCAAGGAGAAAGAGCAAAGAUGGAAGGCUGGUCAAGGCCCAUUCCGGCCCAAGACUCCUUUUGGAUGA